AUUGUCCCUGUAAAUAGAGCCGGGUAAAGCAUGAAGCUGUACUGCCUCUCAGGACAUCCAACGUUACCAUGCAACGUGCUCAAGUUCAAAUCCACCACCAUCAUGUUGGAUUGCGGGCUGGACAUGACAUCUACCCUCAAUUUCCUCCCCUUGCCGCUGGUUCAGAGCCCCAGGCUCUCAAAACUUCCUGGUUGGGUUUUGAAAGAUGGAAGCACGUUUCUGGACAAGGAACUCAAGGAGUGCUCUGGCCACGUGUUCGUAGACUCUGUGCCUGAGUUCUGUUUGCCAGAGACUGAGCUGCUCGACCUCUCCACAGUAGACGUAAUCUUGAUCUCGAACUAUCACUGCAUGAUGGCAUUGCCCUAUAUCACAGAGUGCACAGGAUUCACUGGAACAGUGUAUGCCACUGAGCCCACUGUUCAAAUUGGCAGGCUUCUCAUGGAAGAACUGGUGAAUUCCAUUGAACGGGUGCCAAAGGCUCAGUCUGCCUCCAUGUGGAAGAACAAGGAGGUCCAGAGGUUGCUGCCCGCCCCUCUGAAGGAUGCAGUGGAGGUGUCCAUGUGGAGGAAGUGCUACACCAUGCCCGAGGUGAACGCCGCGCUCAGUAAGAUCCAGAUGGUGGGAUAUUCCCAGAAAAUUGAGCUGUUCGGUGCCGUGCAGGUCACUCCGCUCAGCUCAGGCUACGCCCUUGGAAGUUCCAACUGGAUUAUCCAGUCGCACUAUGAGAAGGUUUCCUAUGUGUCGGGAUCUUCCCUGCUUACAACCCACCCUCAGCCUAUGGACCAGACUUCUCUUAAAAACAGUGACGUUCUCAUCCUGACGGGUCUUACCCAAAUCCCUACGGCCAACCCAGAUGGCAUGGUAGGAGAGUUCUGCAGCAACCUGGCUAUGACUGUCCGUAACGGAGGAAAUGUUCUGGUUCCUUGCUACCCCUCAGGAGUGAUAUACGAUUUGCUGGAGUGCCUGUAUCAGUAUAUUGACUCUGCUGGACUCUCCAAUGUCCCUUUUUAUUUCAUCUCACCUGUUGCCAACAGCUCCCUCGAGUUCUCCCAGAUCUUUGCUGAAUGGCUGUGUCACAACAAACAAACCAAGGUGUAUCUUCCAGAGCCUCCCUUUCCCCACGCCGAGCUCAUUCAGACGAACAAACUGAAACAUUAUCCAAGCAUCCACGGAGACUUCAGCAAUGACUUCAAGCAGCCGUGUGUGGUGUUUACGGGGCAUCCCUCUCUCCGCUUUGGGGAUGUGGUUCAUUUUAUGGAGUUAUGGGGAAAGUCUAGCUUGAACACUGUUAUAUUCACAGAACCAGAUUUCUCCUAUCUGGAUGCACUGGCUCCUUAUCAGCCUUUGGCUAUGAAAUGUGUGUACUGCCCCAUUGACACAAGACUUAAUUUUAUUCAAGUGUCUAAGUUACUCAAAGAAGUCCAGCCUCUCCACGUGGUUUGCCCGGAGCAGUACACCCAGCCACCACCCACGCAGUCCCACCGCACGGACCUCAUGAUCGACUGCCAGCCGCCGCCGAUGUCCUAUCGCCGAGCAGAGGUGCUGACCCUGCCCUACAAGCGGCGCUACGAGAAGAUCGAAAUCAUGCCAGACCUCGCGGAUUCGCUCGUGCCCUUGGAGAUCAAGCCGGGCAUUUCCCUGGCCACCGUUUCGGCCAUGCUGCACACGAAGGACAACAAGCACGUGCUGCAGCUUCCUCCGAAGCCUCCGCAGGCGCCUGCCAGCAAGAAGAGGAAGCGGGUGAGCGACGACGUGCCCGAGGGGAAGCCCCCGAAGCCGCUGCUGAGCGGCUCCAUCCCCGUGGAGCAGUUCGUGCAGACCCUGGAGAAGCACGGCUUCAGCGACGUGAAGGUGGAGGACACGGCCAAGGGCCACAUCGUGCUGCUGCAGGAGGCAGAGACCCUCAUCCAGCUCGAGGAGGACUCCACGCACAUCAUCUGCGACAACGACGAGCCCCUGCGCGCCAAGCUGCGCGACCUGGUGCUCAAGUUCCUGCAGAAGUUCUAG